AACCUCGAUGCUUUUUUGGCAUAUCUCACGAGAUGAGUAGGACAUGAAGGCUACGGCGGGGAGAGAUCUGGGAGCGGUUGGGCCGUGCUUCCUAGCCCUGACGUCACUCAGUUGCAUCACAUACCAGAACCGGGAACGCAGCCUGCUGGCAGGCCUCGUUUGUCUAUUCUGGCACUCUCAGUUAUAGACUCACUCAUACACUGAAUCUGCAUUUGAUUCCCAGAAUCGUGAUCGAGAAUGCUAUCUAGAGCACUUCGACUACCCGUAGCCUGCGCCGGCGUGCGUGGCCCAGGGCGUCGCUCCCUAGCGCACGUCACCAACGUACCGGAUAUUCCAACGGAAGAGGACAGGACGUUCUCCGUCCCCAUCGCCGAGGAUAGCUUCGAAACGUACGAAAUGGACCCUCCGCCGUAUUCCGUGGACAUCACCAAGAAGCAGCUCCGCCAGAUAUACCACGACAUGACAUUGAUUCGACGCAUGGAAUUGACCGCCGAUGGAUUGUACAAGGAGCGCAAGAUACGGGGCUUCUGCCACUUGUCGACCGGCCAGGAGGCCGUCGCCGUCGGCAUCGAGCACGCCAUCACCAAGCAAGACAAGUUGAUCACUGCGUAUCGGUCUCAUGGGAAUACGCUCAUGCGAGGAGGAACGGUGAAGAAUAUCAUUGGGGAGCUGCUGGGCCGAAGAGGCGGGAUCUCCUACGGUAAGGGUGGCUCGAUGCACAUGUUCACCGAAGGAUUCUUCGGCGGCAAUGGGAUUGUCGGCGCCCACGUGCCGGUGGGGGCGGGAAUUGCCUUUGCGCAGCAGUAUACCGACAGCGGCAGCGUCACACUCGAUCUCUACGGCGAUGGGGCGGCGAACCAGGGACAGGUCCACGAGGCGUACAACAUGGCGAAGCUGUGGAACUUACCCAUCAUAUUUGGCUGCGAGAAUAACCACUACGGAAUGGGCACGUCGGUCGAGCGCGCGUCGGCCAUGACGGAAUACUACAAACGUGGCCAGUACAUCCCGGGGCUACGUAUCAACGCGAUGGACGUUCUGGCGGUCCUCUCCGCCGUUCAGCACGGGAAGGCCCAUGUCACCGCCGGCAAGGGGCCCCUCCUUUUUGAGUUCCUCACGUACCGGUAUGCCGGCCACUCCAUGAGCGACCCCGGGACCGCGUAUCGCACCCGGGAGGAGCUCCAGAAGCAGCGAUCCAACGACCCCAUUUCGAACCUCAAGGAGAGACUCGUGGAGUGGGGGGCGUUCUCCGAGGACGAACUGCGGACCAUUGACAAGGAAGUUCGCAAACAAGUCGCGAAGGAUGCCGAGGAAGCUGAAAAGAUGCCGGUGCCGGAGAACACCCCGGAUGUUCUGUUCGAAGAUGUUUACAUGCGAGGGAGCGAGCCGAACCAACGACGAGGGAGGACCAUUGAUGAGACUUAUUACAAGGGCUAAUGUCGUGUCGUUCGUAGUGAUUUAAUGAACAGCGUUUUCAUGUAUGUAUAUCAACUCCACCUCCUCACUACUCUAUUUUUAUUUAUCUGAGAAUUUUCUUUUUGAUUGUUUUUAUGUAUGUCUAUGGGGGUUUGGACUCCAUCUCGCGUCUACCACGAUCCCGGAUUGGGUACACAGCCCCAACCCGACUGGUAGCCUGGUCGGAAUCAUCCCAAUUCGCCUGAAUGUGGCUUUCGUAUCCGGGCCUUUUUGGAUGAGUCAUUAUUUCUGGACACGGACCUGUUCUCUUUGUUUUUUAUUGAUUUCCUGUUGGGUAUAUCAGUCAGGCUAAGCCCUAUACCAAACGUUGGUCGUAAG